UUCAGCACAGUUUUCUAGUUCCUAGAGAGAUAAGAUUGAGAGAGGAAAAAGAUCCUAACUUUGUGAGAGAAAAGCGAGGGAAAAAUCAAUAAGGGUUUUUGGAUCACAAUUUAUGUGAUAAUGGUUGAUGUUGCUGACAAAUUGAGUUACUUCCAAGCGAUUACAGGUCUUGAAGAUCCCGAUUUGUGCACAGAGAUCCUUCAAGCUCAUGGUUGGGACCUCGAACUCGCAAUCUCCUCUUUCACAUCAUCGGACCCUCGCGAUGACGCUUCUGCCGCCGCUUCGUCUUCUCACGUCGACGGUGAUCGCUCCGCCGUCUUUGCUGACACUGCGAAUCCCGGAUUUGACGAUUACCCUCCCCGCGGAAUCGCCGACGAUUCAGAGCUUGUUCUGCGCGAUGACGGAAGAGGAGGAUUCAGACCUCCGGGAAUAGCUUGGAGGAUCAUCACUUUGCCGAUUUCGAUCGUUUCCGGUAGCUUAGGGUUAGUUUCCGGCGCGAUCGGGUUCGGGUUUUGGGCUGCUGGUGGAGUUUUAUCGUAUUCGCUUGGUAUGUUAGGGUUUGGAUCAGGUCGAAGUGGUUCUGUUCCGCCGUCUUCGUCAUCGGCUCGGCUUGUGUCGUCGUCGGUUUCUUCGGCGGCAGGUGAAGCGAUGGAGUUCGUUGCCUUGUUCGAUAGUGAUUAUGGGAGGAACCCUUUCAAGCCUGAUUUUGUAUUGGAAGGUUUCAUGGACGCGCUUCAGAGAUCAAGGAGCUCGUUCAAGCUCCUUUUCGUUUACUUGCACUCUCCGGAUCAUCCUGAUACGCCUGUGUUCUGCGAGAGGACGCUCUGCAACGAAGCGUUUGUGGCGUUUUUGAAUGAGAAUUUUGUUUCCUGGGGAGGAAGCAUUCGAUCUAGUGAAGGGUUUAAGAUGAGUAAUAGCUUGAAGGCUUCUAGGUUCCCGUUUUGCGCUGUGGUUAUGCCUGCUGCUAACCAGAGAAUUGCUCUUCUUCAGCAGGUUGAGGGUCCAAAAACUCCAGAAGAAAUGAUUGCUAUACUGCAGAGAGUGGUAGAAGAUAGUUCACCUGUUCUGGUGACUGCUAGGGUUGAGGCAGAGGAAAGAAGAAACAAUUUGCGCCUGAGAGAGGAACAAGAUGCUGCUUACAGGGCUGCUCUUGAAGCCGAUCAGGCAAGGGAGCGACAGAGGCAGGAAGAGGAAGAGCGUUUACAGAGGGAAGCUGCUGAGGCAGAGAGGAAACUCAAAGAAGAAGAAGAGGCUCGUGAGAGAGCAGAACGUGAAGCUGCAGAGAAAGAAGCUGCUAGAGUGAGGAUGAGACAAGAGAAAGCACUUGCUCUUGGAGACGAACCUGAGAAAGGCCCUGAUGUUACACAAGUUUUGGUACGGUUCCCGAAUGGAGAAAGAAAGGGGAGGAGGUUUGAAAGCAAAACCAAGUUAGAGACAUUGUACGACUACGUUGAUUCACUUGGAUUGCUAGAAACAGAAGAGUACAGCUUAAUAACAAACUUCCCAAGGACAGUGUAUGGAAGAGACAAACAGUCUAUGUCUUUGGAAGAGGCAGGUUUGCAUCCUCAGGCAAGUCUCUUCAUUGAGAUCAACUAAGAUUUUCUUCUCUUUCUUUCUCCUUUUUGCAUCUUUCUUUCAAAAUAAUUAGUUUGUUGCUUCGAUGGAGGACAAGAUUACAUGUAUACACACACAUAAUUCAGAAGUUGUGUCACAUAUUGAUAUAUUUAUUUCUUACAAAUUAUGUGGUUUCA